GCUAGGAGACGACAGGUCGGAGCUAUCCGACUCGGCCCGACACAAGGUUGCAGAAAGUGAUGUGUGAUGGAUGAUGGCAGAGUGCGGGCAGAUGGAGGGUGGGCCAUGGGACAGGAGCAAUUUGCCUUCCCAGGAGCUGGUGCCUACAACCCUGUAGGCCCGGCUUUGACUCCACCCAACAAGGGGGUGUCUGUCAGCGGCUACAGUUCCUUAGGGAGUGCUCAAGGUCCACCAAAUAAGGAUGUGUCUGCUAUACCAGGGAUGGCUUCCUUUAAGUCAAGCCUCCCUGGAGGAAAAGAAGGAUAUCCUACAUAUGACAUGGGAAAGGGAUUCUAUGGGGGUCAUAAUCCCAGGACUGGCCCUGAUGUCCAAGGUUUCAGUGGACCUAGCACCAGUCCUGGACAUUCUGCUGUCCCAAAGCCACGGACGGAAAUGAUGCCUCAGGGAUGGAAACAGUUUGGUCCAGGGGGAGUUGGUCCAGGUCAGAUGCCAGCAAUGUUUGGCCAGUCAGAAAGUCAAAACACAGAGAAAGCAACAUAUCCCGGGCAUAACUACCAGACUACAUGUAAAAGUGAAGGGGCUGGGGAGUUUGCUUUUAACAAAAGUCAAAGACCAAAUGGCAGUGACCCAAGUAAACCCAAAGUGGCAGCUUCACAUUUUCAGGAAUAUCCAUCAUACCCAUUCGAAAGAAACAAAAUACCACCAAAUAGUGCUCAAAGUUUCAUGAAUUUUCAUGGCCAUCCACAACUCAAUGGCCAUCUUCCUUCAGGAACUGGUUUCCCUGGAAAUAUGUUUUCAGAUAAGACUGACAUGGUGUCAAGGUCAGCAAGUAUGAACCCAAAGAAGGCAAUCAUCCCAAAUGGUUUAGAAAAUAAAAAUCAGCCUUUUCCUGGACAGAUGUCUUUCAAAAACUCCUCAGAAUUUUCAUUUAGUACUAAGCAACAUUCAACAAAUGAAUUAGUAGACGGCCUUCAUAAGAAGUCACAAAUGAAUGACAGCCUGAAUAACGGGCCCAAUCAUAGCAUGGGAUAUCCUAACCAGUUCUAUCCUGCACCUCCUUAUAUGGAUCCUUUUCUAAUGAAAAAUUUCAAUAAUGAUUUUCUGAAUCAUGAAGUGAAAAAUGGAAUGUUUAAGACUGAAAAUGAUCCUAGCAAACAGAAAAAAACUAAGAAAAGGAAAGUGAAAGUAAUGGAUGGUGAGAAUGUUGGAUUGGUCCCAAAGAAAAAGAAGCCAAAAGAAAUAAACAAGGAAAAGUUAGCGCCUCCACAGUUACCGUCCAUUGAACACUGUCUCGGGGCAGAACUGGGUGUUGGUGAACAGUCUCGGAAUACUGAAGGACUCAGUCCAGAGAUUGAUGACCAUGUGAAUCAAAAAACGUCACAAAAAGAUUUUGACACAAUACAACGUCAUCAGUGCGGAGUCAGUGACAGUCAACUGCUGAACUAUCCUGGACAUUCUAAAAGUCAUUCUCAUAACAGUUUCAUAGGUGGAAAUUACGAUCCUCUGAAAUUUAUAGAGUCAAUGAAAAGUGAUGAAAACCUGAAGAAACCAGAUGAUGGUAGAAGUACUCCUUGUUGUAACAACUGUGACAAACUGGGAAUGAGAUAUUCUCCUUUGUGUAGCAAUAAGUUACGAACUCUGUCUCCAGAGCUGUCAUCAUCCCUAGAUGGCCAUGAAGGUAGUAGUGGAGUGGAGAGUCGAGCUGGACCAAUGUUUCGUCUGUCACCAAUUUCUACUGCCACCAGUAGUAGUAUCUGUAGUACAUCUUCAGUUUCUGAGGAUAGUACAAAAUUAAAGACUCCAUUGCCUUCUGUUGUAAAUUGGAAAAAACCAGAACAAACAUUUCAGUUUCAAGACCAAAAAUUCUCCCAUCUAGGCCAACAAAGUGUUAUACAUGAUGAAAGAAAUGCUGUAUCUGGGGAUGGAAAGUGUCAGUUUUCAGACCAAAAGCUUUCCCCAACUGAUCAAAAGUUGCUUUCUCGUACGAUGGGUGUCUCUGAAAAUAUAGAACAAAUUGUAUGUAAGAAGGAAGACUUAGAGUACAAAGACAGUAAGUUGGAAUUUGGUGGGUUGGAUAUUCUAGCAAGGGAAGCAGAAAAGGAGAAUUGCUUGAACAGAAGUCAUAUGAAUGGUGUGUCUGAUGUUCGGUCGAACUGUGAAGAUGAUGGUGCACCUCCUUCAGAUGGUAUGAAGGUGGAUCACCUGGCCUGGGCAGCCGAUCAGGUACAGAAAGUAAAGGAUACUGUGCUUGGAACCAAUGAGGAGGAUGACUUGAUGGAGCGUCUGAGAAAAAACAUCAAGAUUGCGAUCCCUAAGUGUGGCUGUAAAGGACCUGAUUAUGUACCAAAUGAGGAAGAAGAAGGGCCUUACUACACACAGCUUGGAGCUGGUCGCAGUAUACAAGCUAUCAGAGAAAUGAUGGAGAAAAGAACUGGAGUAAGUGGUAAAGCCAUAAGGAUAGAAAAGAUCCGUUACACAGGUCGUGAAGGCAAAAGUACACAAGGUUGUCCAAUAGCUAAAUGGAUUAUCCGGCGUAGCAGCAAGGAGGAGAAAUACUUAUGUGUGGUGCGACACAGGAUGGGCCAUUUCUGUGAUUCUGCCUGCAUCGUUAUUGUGAUUGUGGCCUGGGAAGGUAUACCCUCUGAGAUGGCUGACAACACAUAUAGCUACCUCACCUCCUCUCUUACCAAAUAUGGUUUUGAAACAGAGCGGCGAUGUGGUACAAAUGACAGAAAAACGUGUGCAUGUCAGGGAAUAAACCUCAGGCGAAGAGGAGCCUCAUUCUCAUUUGGAUGUUCCUGGAGUAUGUACUUUAAUGGGUGUAAAUUUGCAAGAAGUCGAGAAGCAAGAAAAUUCAAACUUAAAGACACAUCACAGGAGACUGAACUGGAGGAUAAACUGCAGAAGCUGGCAACUAUCGUAGCACCAGUUUAUCAACAAGUGGCACCCAGUGCCUACCAUAACCAGAUUCAGUUUGAGAGCAAUGGGUCAGAUUGUCGUCUUGGUAACGAGAAAGGUCGACCAUUUUCAGGGGUGACUGCGUGUGUUGACUUUUGUGCCCAUGCCCAUAAAGAUCUUCACAACAUGAAUAAUGGCAGCACAGUGGUUUUGACACUGACAAAACAUCGUGGCCUGGAAAAACCUGAUGAUGAACAACUCCAUGUGCUUCCACUGUAUGUCAUGGACCUGGAGGAUGAGAAUGGAAGUCGUGAUGCACAGGUGGAAAAGAUCAAGAAUGGCUCUCUUGAGUGUUUACAAGUUUACCCUAUGGAGAUGAGAGUUCGCUCAACUCCACUCACUCCAAGUCGUAAAAAGAAGGGAAAGAAAGACAAAAACAGCCCAGGGCCUGGAAGAAAAAGAGGGCCAAAACCAGCCUUUGGGCCAAAUUCAACCUCUCAAGGUUUUAAUAAAGAUCCAUCAUCAGGUAACUCUCAGGAAUCCAAGCAAUCACUGUCAGAUAUGUACUUUAACUCACAGAAUUCCAGGUCUUCAGGGAAUGAUGCAGCAUCAAAGCCGGAAUCAUUUUCAGGGGAGAAAGAUGGUGUUAAAGCAUUAGGGCCUAACCCCAGGGAUCUUUUGGCUGGCAAAAGCUUUAUAUCUUAUGAGGAUAUGAUGUCCCUGUCAUCUGAGCCAGGCUUUGCCAAUCUGUAUGAAUCUUUUUGGAGUUAUUUUUACUCCUAUGGUACAUUCCCUCCUCCAAGUUUCCUCAACUCUUGGAAUGUCAACAAAGACAAACUUCCACCAGUUACCAACUCUUCAUCCAGUAAUGCUCCAACUAAUAUUGCUCAAGGUCAGUGUGACCUCCAACCUCGACCAGGGCAGCAAGCUGAACUUGAUCUCUCAAAAUCUGGUUCUCAACAAGAACUGGCAUCCUCAUUUGGUGGUUUAAAGCAGGAAGAACAUCGCAAUGAUAAUACAGGUCAAAGGUCAUGUCCGUCUGUGCCAUUGGCCAAGCAAAACGCAUCCCCUCUUGAUCUGUUGUCAGAAGCUGUUUCAACCAGAACAAAACAGUUUGAAGAAGAUCCUCAUAAACAUCCAUCCAUACAACGUCCAAACUCGACAGGCAGCUUUCCAUCAAAUCUACCUCACAAUAAUCAAUCUAAGGGGGAUAACUCUACAACACCUCACAGCCAUAGUCUCCAGUCAAUGCCUUAUGCUAACCAACAACAUUCCAACAUGGCUGGAGCUGGGCUGAAUGUGCCUCCUACCAAUAUGGCUGGAGUGCCUAAUAUGGCUGGGUCAUCAAAUGUGUUGGGUGGAUUUGGCAUGCAAUUUCCAAACCAGGAAAACCCUGAUAGUGCUGUAUUGGACCCCACUGUGGUUAAAUGUGAAAUGGAGUACAAUGAAAAUGCCUUUACUGAUCCGUCAGUAGGUGGUGUAGCUAUUGCCCUGUCACAUGGUGCUGUUUUGUUUGAGGUGGCAAAGCGUGAACUUCAUGCCACGACAGGACUUCGUAAUCCAGAUCGUGCUGCGCCUACCAGAAUAAGUCUAGUCUUCUACCAACACAAAAAUCUCAACUUUCCUCAUCAUGGUUUUUACGAGUAUGAGCGGAAGAUGGAAACCAUGCGACAGAAGAGACUUGAAAAAUUAAAAGAGGAAGCUACUGGUAUAUCUUCAGAGAUCCCAGAUCUUCCUAUCAAGAAUGGAGCAACCACUGUAAACGGAAAGAAGAAAAAGGUGAAGAAGAGUGAGAAAGUGGAUAUUAUGGAAACAUCUGCAGCUCAGUACAAAUACAUGUGGGAGGUACCCAUUGGAUUGUCAGACUCACACACCACUGACUCGGUGAUAACGCGGUGGAUCGACCCCCAGCCCAUGGUCACUGGACCAUACCAACGCUGGGUAUAACAUGAUAGCCAUCUAGAUAUUUAAUCAAGAUUUAGUAUGUAUUUUGUUGUGAAGAUUUUGAGACAUGUAUACUAUGUUUGUUGUUUUUGUGUGAGGGGUUCGAGAGAGUAUGUAGCCAUACACAGUAGGAAAAUAACUUUAUCAUAGGUGUAAUUGUUAUUUACACUCUGCUUGUGUUCAGUUAUCGACACUGCUCUAACAGUGGAGAUCAGAACUCUUUUAAAGAAUAUUUUAACCAUAUAAGUUUUAAACCAAAUUUAAUAUUCAAAUUUUUAAAAAAAAUCAGUCUGUGAAUCUUUAUUUGAAUGAUAUUUUUGCAAGUGAAUAUUAGUUUUUUUACCCACUAGAUUAUGGAAUUGGCAAAAGUGCAUAUAAUCUUUGGAAAUAAAUAUAUUCACUUUGUUAUAAAUAUUGUAAGUGUAGAUGUUUCAUCUGAAACAUCUGCAUGAGCCAUUUACAUUUAAAUUCUAGCCUUAUUAGCAUUCAAAGAUGACAAGCCAUGAUGUUCAGAUAGUAUAAUUGUAGAUUGUGAGAUGUGUAGAUGUAAUGAAGUAUUACUAAUUGUAUCAUGUACCACAUAUCUGAACAUACAAGGAAAAGUAAUGGGUUGGUGUGUAUGGACAAUGAUACGAUAAUUAUUGAAUUAUUGGACAAAAUCAGGGUUCAGAAAAAAGUUUUGAUUAAUUGUUGUUUGUGUAACUAGCACUAUACUGUACAAAUGUUAGGGGUAUGAUAUUAAGGGUGGGUGGAGGUUGAAUAGGGGUUAAAGGUUGACAGAAGAAUGGGGAUAACACGACUGUGUCUCUAUGUGUGUAUAUUCAUUGUAUGCAUAAAAUCUUUUUGUAUAUAAACUUUAUCAUUAACUCACCAGUAAAAUGAAAGUACUUCAAUGUUCACAGUCAGAAACCAGAAAAUGAAGAAUUUCUUUGCAUAUGUAAUUUUUCUUCCCACUUUGACCAAAUUUUUUUGUGUCUGUCUCUAAUGCAAGCAAAAAAUCUCUAUCAAAACUUGCAGAACAUUCCUGUGGAAAAAAGUGCUUAAUGUUGUGGUAAGGUGGGUUUUCAUUCUGGAUAGUGAUAAAAGGUAGAUUUUUAGUGCUGCUAUCACUGAAUACAUCAAUUAUUUGACAUGUUCUAUAUACAGUAACAAUUAAGAUCAGCGAAUUCUGUAUUUUCAUUUUAUUGUAGAGUGUGAAUAUUGAUAUUGUAUUCCAUACUGUGUUCAGUAUGUAUAUCAGAAUGUUAACUUUUCAGUUUAUAUUCUUGUUUUAUUAUUUUUACAAACAUCAGCAAUUUUUAAACAUUUAUGACAACAAUAUUUUAUGGGAUGUAUAGUGCAAAAGUCUUCUUUGAAGAUGUUAAGCUGUAAUUUUUAUUUUCUGUUUCAAUUGCAUGUAAUUUAAAAACAAAACAAAACAAAGACAUUUUCCAGUCAUCAAUAAAUGUUUUAUUAGGAAUUUUUGAUACUGUUAUAAUUUCUGAUUAUACAGAUUUCAAGGGCAGCAUAAUUUGAAAUCUUUAGUAGCAAACGAUCAAACUGUAAUGUUUCAGAUUGUCAGACAUAUGGAUAACUGAUUACAGAUAUAGUUCAUCCUUUGUAUACCUCCUAUAUCUGACAGAUUUUGUUCAGAGUUAAUAUGCUACUGUAACUGAAUCAGUUCAAUAUUGGUCAGAACAUUAAUUAUUUUCAUUGUUUUAAAAUAAUCAUGUCUUCAUUUGACCAUAGAUAGUUAUGAUACACAUUUCUGUAUAUGUGACGACUAAACAAAUGUUAUUUAUUAAGGUAACUAUGAACAUUGUAGUUGUGACUGUUUUACAAUCCUGAGAAGUUUCAUUUGACAAUAAUAAUUUCCACUCGUUUUUUUAGAUUUUUAAAGUAAAUUUUAUCUUGACUUUGUAUGUAUCAUUAGAUUGUCAAAAAGAGGAGACAGUUACUAGUACGCAAACUAGAAACUUUUUAACUACUGUUAUUGUUUCAAAAUUAGUAAUGCACAUUUUUGUCAAAGUGCUAAAGAACACACGAAGGCCAACUUUUAUUUUAUUGUUGACAAUAUAACUGAAACUAAUUUCAUUUUAGAAAUUAGAAAAUGGUUCUGUACAAUAUUUCCUAAUUUUUAGUUCUUGUCUUGCUUUUGAAUUACUGUGAAUUAUUUAGUUACCACAAAUUUUCUUGUUUGGUGAAGAUUUUUAGUCUGAAAAAUAUUGAGAUAUAUUGACUUGUGAGAUGUAGCCAUUUUGUGAAUGAAUAUGAAAAUGUUGUGAAAACUAAAUUAUUUUCAGUAACUUUAAUCUGUUUUGUCUUGUUCUGCUUUUCUUUGUUGUUUUUGGUUUCACUCAGGGAUAAUAUGAAUCACGCUAAUUUUGUAUUGUCGUCUGAGCCUUGUGGCUUUCCAUUCUGUGAUGUUUCAACUUUUUUAUGAAUAUUGUUUUCUUAUUUUGUUAGAACUAAAAAACUUAAAUAUGAUAAUUAUUUUGUUUUUUGGUUUAACAUUUUGUUAUGUACUGUAAAGUUUCAGUAUGUUAAUGCCUUUUUAAGGGAACCAAAAGCGGGCAGAAUCCUGCAGUAUUAUUUGUUGAAUGCAUUUGGUAUUAAAUGCUCUUUAUUAUUUCUAGCUUUUAUAGGUCACCGAGUUGGUUUCCAAAGUUGAUAUUGUGAGGUGUAAAUUUUCACUGUAAGUGUCCUACAGGAAAAUACUAUAUAGUGCAUUAAUUGAUUUUUUAUCACAAUUAAGCCUCGAUACAUCGUACAUGUAUAUAAGUAAAAGCAGUUAAUAAGUCUUAGCAUAGAACAUUAUUGAUAAAAUAACUGUGUACAUUUUCUCUUUUUUUUUUCCCCAGUUAGAAAAAAAAUUUUUUAAAAGACAUGGUCAAUCAAUCUUGGGUAUACUUCAAUCUGAAAAUACUAAGUUACUAGAUGAGUUUUCUUAUCAGAAGAUUCAACUCUCAGUGUUUUGCCUGAAUGUGAUACCUAGUGUUCCAUCAUCAGUUUAGCAACUUUUCACAACAUAGAUUUAUGUUUUUUUUGUAAUGGCAAAGUGAAAGAAAGAUCAAUAUUGUGUACUAGAUGGAAUAAAAGAAUGACGGUCAGUAAAUUGCUGACAUACUAUUGUGUGUCCAGACCAACUUUCUAUUUAAAGCUAUCAUUUGGCCAGUAUCAUCAUACAUUUUAAGGUCAAAGUUCAUAACAUCAAUGUUAUUUAUCAUCUUGCAUUUGCAUCAUUACUAAGGGCAGAUAACCUUUCCGCCCAAGGCAGCAAAUAACUACCAUCAGAUCCUUUGUAUUUUUGUAUGGUCAAACUUUGUCAGGUUUUAUAUUCCUGAAGACAGUGUUACAUCAUCUUAUACAUAUUUAACGUGUUAAAUGUAUAAUACAUAAUUUAUAAUUUAAGGUAAUUUGUAAUAUGGUCUAAUAGAUUAUUAUACACAUGUAAUCUUCAUGACUAAAUUGCAGACACUUGCAUUUUUCAAGUGCAUUUAUAGUUGUAUAUUGACAAUGAGCUUAUGUAAAUGCUUUAAAUUAUUUAAGGUAUACAUAGAUUAUGCUAAUAUUGUGCUCCUGUAAAUGCCCAUGGCUAAGUUGUUCUAUUAUUGGCAGGCAUCUUCUCUGCAUUUCAAUUAUCUCACUUUAGAAAAUAGUGGAAAUUUCUUAGUGUGUGGAAGAUGUGGUAUUUAUUGUUUUUAAGAUGUUCUUUACGAACUCUAUAAAGGACUGGUACAAUAUUUCAAUCUGUAUGUGUUAUAAAGAUAUACCUGCGUAAUUUUAGAUUUUCAUAAAAGUUGGAAAAGGAAUAAUUUCUAUCAUACAAAAAUCAAGGAAAAUAAGAAUACAUAUCAGUGGAAUUUAAAGACGAUACAAGAAAAAUGAUGUAGGUAAAAUACAUUAUGAAUUUAAGCUUUUCUAAUAGGUCCAGUGUUAGUGAAUGACUAACAUGGUAUAAUAGUUAAGGAUAUUAGGAUACCAGGGUUUUGCUUGCUGUCAGCCUGUAUAUAUAUAUGGUAAAUGUAUAAUAAUUUUUUUUUAUUAGUUUUGGAUAGAAUUAAUUCUGAAUGAAAUGGCAUAUAUUUAUAUAUAGAUUGGUAUCAGUCAUUCUUCCUCCCCUUACAACAUCUGUCUGGUAUGAAACACUACAAAGAUAAAAGUAAUCUUUCUACCAUAGCAUCUCGCAUGUUUUAUUUCGAUAUUGUAUCAUAGCUGUGGCAGAGUUAUUUAGGUAGAAUUCACAGGGACAUUUGGGAGACACGAUAGUAGUAAAUUAAUGUAAUUUAUAUACAACACUUAUAUAAUUUUGUUUAUAGAAAAGAUGUUGACUGUAUCAGUUUGUUUAUAGUGGCAAAGUACAUAGCCAAGUAGAAUCUGUUCUUCAGAUAUUGGAGAUAAAUGGGAAUGUUUACCAAAUGUCAUUGUUUGGUAUUCAUAUAGGUAUAUACAUAUAUUAUUGUACGUAUUUGAUCAUUGAUUACUUUGCGUAAAUAUAUUAAAAUCUAUUCUUAAUCUGA